AUGUUGCUUUCUUUCUUUGUCUUCUCUGCAGUCUCGUUGGGUAUCUUCACUAAAGGAGUGCUUGCGCAGCAGGGUGCUUGGGCACAGUGCGGCGGUAUCGGUUGGACUGGUGGAACGACCUGCGUCGCCGGCUACGCUUGCACGUACUCGAACGACUAUUAUAGCCAGUGCGUCCCGGGCACAGGCACUACUUCCUCAUCGAUCGCGACCACAUCGACCUCUGCUACCGAACCUGCCCCUUCUAGUGUCAAGGCAAAUUACUGGUUCAGUUUUGGCGACUCUUACACGCAGACCGGGUUUAUCACUACGGAUACCCUUCCAACACCGGGAAAUCCACUCGGAAACCCACCAUAUCCUGGAUACACUGCAGUUGGUGGGGUCAACUGGAUCGACCAAGCGACAACUGUGUCGAACCACUCUCUCGUGCUAGCUUACAAUUACGCAUAUGGUGGUGCAACCAUUGAUGCAAGCUUGGUAACCCCUUACGAGCCGACGGUGCUUUCGCUUACGGACCAGGUCAACGAAUUUCUCAGUCAGGCGAAUGUGGGAACCGGUACAAAAAUCUGGACAAGUUCGAAUGCACUAUUCUCCGUAUGGAUCGGCAUCAACGAUAUCGGCAACAGCUACUAUCUUGGUGGAGAUCGAGCUGCCUUUUCUGAUACUUUAUUGAAUGCUUAUUUCGCCUUGAUCGAGAAGCUCUUGUUAGUCUGUACCACAGUCUUGUUGUAUGGUAGACUGACUUUUCUCCGAACCAGUAACACUGGCGCACGGAACUUCCUGUUCAUCAAUGUGCCUCCAGUUGAUCGCUCUCCGAUGAUGGUGGCGCAGGGCACUUCGGCGACGUCUCUCGAAAAAUCUGUUAUCGCUGGAUUCAACUCUAAACUCGCUGCACGCGUCUCAAACCUGACCUCUACGCACUCUGGAGUGAAGACAUGGCUCUGGGAUUCAAAUACAAGGUUUUCUCAGAUCCUAGACAACCCUACAGCGUUUGGAUUCGUCGACAACUCCUCAUAUGGUAACACUGGGGAUUUCUGGGGCAACAAUUAUCACCCGUCCAGCAGUGCUCAGGUUAUCUUUGGCAAUGACGUCGGGUCUUUCCUUUCGGGUUCGGUUUGGUGA